AACACCUGAAAAGAAACUAAAAGCUCUCAAGAAUCUCCCAUGGCUGCCACCCAAUUCAAGGGUAUCAGACACUACUAUAUCCGAAAAAUCCACGACGUCCUGCACCAGCUCCACCAGAAGGAGCAGCAUCUCCUUCGUCUCGAAGCUGAAACCAGCAUUCUCAACUCACAAGUGAGAAAGAUUAAGGAAGAAGUCCCGCUGCUUCAGGACCCUGGAUCUUAUUCUCAUGUUGGUUUAGUUAGACAAGUAAUUGACAAGCACAUGGUUUUGGUUAGGAUUGUUGGAGAAGGGAUGCAUGUUGUUGAUGUUGAUGAAAACAUUGAUGUCACAGAGCUCAAACCAUCAACAAGAGUUGCUCUCCGAAGACGCAGCUAUACUAUUCAUGCAAUACUGGAAAAAAAAUUUGAUCCUGCCGUCAAACUUUCGAAAGUUCAAAAUAAUCCUGAAUGUACGUAUGAUAUGAUUGGUGGUCUUGAUGAGCAAAUCAAAGAAAUAAAGGAGGUCAUUGAACUUCCAAUCAGACAUCCUGAAUUAUUUGAGCUCCUUGGUAUAGCUGAACCAAAGGGCGUCCUGCUUUAUGGGCCUCCUGGCACUGGGAAAACACUGUUGGCUCGGGCUGUAGCUCAUCAUGCUAAAUGUUCUUUCGCGCACAUUUCUGCAACUGAGUUAGCCCAGAAGUACAUUGGGGUAGGCGCUAAGAUGGUUAGAGAACUUUUUUUCCUGGCCAGGAAAUAUGCUCCAUGUAUUAUUUUUAUGGAUGAAAUCGACAGCAUUGGAUCUGCUCGUGUGCAAUCUGGUGGUGGAACAGACAGUGAGGUGCAGCGGACUAUGCUAGAGCUUCUCAGCCAGCUUGAUGGAUUUGAGGCAUCAGGCAACAUCAAGGUUAUAAUGGCCACAAAUCGUAUUGAUAUUCUGGAUCAAGCACUCCUUAGGCCAGGAAGAAUUGACAAGAAGAUUAAAUUUCCAAAUCCUACUGAACAGUCUCGUUGGGAGAUCAUGAAAAUACAUUCAAGGAAAAUGAAUUUAAGGCGUGGAGUUGAUUUGAAGAGGAUUGCAGAGAAGAUGAAUGGUGCAUCUGGUGCAGAGAUGAAGGCUGUUUGCACAGAAGCGGGGAUGUUUGCUUUGAGGGAGAGGAGGGUUCAUGUGAUGCAAGAAGAUUUUGAGAUGGCAGUUGGUAAGGUAAUGAAGAAGGAGACUGAGAAGAACAUUUCGUUACAGAAGUUUUUUUACUAAUUCAUGUGUUGUUUACACCAAUUUAGGCACAAAACUAAGACGAUGUUUAGAAGUGAUUGUUGGUAUAAAGUUUACAAACUAAUACCAAAUAAC